CUACAAUGUUUGAGCCCAUUAUAUAUAGCUGGUGGGCGGUUUGAGGAGCCACAAUUCGUUACCGUUCGCCAAACACAACAAACCACCAAAAACCAAAUCAACAUGCCGACCUUUGAGGAAAUCGUUGAGAAAGCCAAGGCCUUCAAAGAGACCAUCACCAAGGAGGAUAUCCUGGAAUUCUACGGCUACUACAAACAGGCCACCGUCGGUGAUUGCAACAUCGAUGAGCCCGAGGAUGCGGAUGAGAAGGCCCGUUACCUGUCCUGGAAGAGCAAGGCCGGUCUGACCGCCGAGGAUGCCAAGAACCACUACAUCGAGGUCUACAAGGCGUACGUCGCCAAGCACCAAUAAACGGUUUGCCUCUAAUAAUGCAGAGAGACAAAUAAUUGACACUACUUAUCCUAAAAUUGUCACUAAUAUCGUACUGUAGUAGUCGCUGUUGUUAAAAAUGUAUUUAUUGUAUUUUUAUACUAAAGUUUAAUAAACCCCUAAGCAUUUAAAUGUAAA